GUGCCGGAAUACGGGUGGGAAAACAAAUAACAACGCCGUAGAAACAUCGUGAAUAUAACCGUAGACGCCGUAAUACGUCGCCUACAGUCUGGAAAAGGAGCGAGCGAGAUAAAAAGAAGACAGCGAGGUUUAAAAGGGGGUUUGAAGACGCCAUGGUGAGAUCUUGCAUCAGCUUCUCGCUGUGGAUGUUGACUUUUCUGUUCCCCCAGCCUGCGUUGGGAUGGGAUGAGUUGGUGGUCCCCACCAACAAAGGUAAAGUCCAAGGUGUAAAACUGUCUGAACCAGGGAGCAAUGGAUCUGUGGUGGCCUUUCUGGGCAUUCCCUAUGCCAAACCUCCGCUGGGUAAACUCCGCUUUAGUCGUCCAGAGCCUGCCGAGGCAUGGAGCGGGGUAUGGAAUGCUACAAACUUUUCCAGCUCCUGCUUGCAAUAUGUGGAUGCCAAAUUCCCAGGGUUCCCUGGAGCUGAGAUGUGGAAUCCCAACACCAACCUGAGUGAGGACUGCCUUUACUUGAAUGUAUGGACUCCUUCCAAGAGGCUUCAAGACCCUGACCAACCCCUAGUCCCAGUCAUGGUGUGGAUCUAUGGUGGUGGAUUCACCACAGGGACUGCUUCUCUGGAUGUAUACAAUGGACGGUACCUCAGUCAAUCUGAACAGGUUGUAGUGGUGUCCAUGAAUUACAGACUAGGACCUUUAGGAUUCUUGGCACUGCCUGGGAGUGAGGAUGUUAAGGGGAAUGCAGCGUUGUUUGACCAGAGACUUGCACUGAGGUGGGUUGCAGAGAACAUUGCUGCAUUUGGGGGGAACCCAUCUUCUGUGACCCUAUUUGGGGAGAGUGCUGGUGCAGGAUCUGUUGGGCACCAUAUACUUUCCGUGGGAAGUCACAGCUUCUUCAGUCGUGCUAUUUUACAGAGUGGUACCCCAAAUGCAGUUUGGGCAGCUGUGGAGACAGCUGAGGCAUGGAACCGAUCCUUGACUCUUGCACAGCUUCUUGACUGCCCGCUUGGGCCUUCUUCUCAUGAGGUGUUGGCCUGCUUACGCAGUGUGGAUCCAGAAAAAAUAGUUGGCCUCCAGUUCAAUGUAACCCCUGAUCCCAUGAUUAUAAGCAUACCCUUUUCUCCAACUGUGGACGGCGACUUCCUCUUGGACAUGCCAGAUGUUUUAAUCCAAUCUGGGCGAUUCCUGAAGACGGAACUACUGCUAGGCCUCAACCAGGAUGAAGGCCCUUAUUUUCUGGUGUAUGGUGCAAGGGGAUUCGAUAUCCAUCACCAGAGUUUGAUUAGCAGAGAGCAGUUCCUUGAGGGAGUUGCUUUGAGUCUUCCAGGCUUUAGUGAGAUGGCACUUGAGGCCGCUGCUUUCCAAUACACUGACUGGACAGAUGAGCUGAGUGGGCAGAAAAACAGAGAUUCCCUGGGCUGGUUAGUCGGGGACCGCUACUUCUCUUGCCCCUUGCUGGAUUUUGCCCGGAGGUAUGUGGAGCAUGGAGGCAGUGCCCGGGUUUAUCUCUUUGACCAUCGCUCCAGCUCCAACUGCUGGCCGAAGUGGAUGGGAGUGAUGCACGGAGAUGAAAUUGAGUUUGUUUUCGGAAUCCCACAGAACAGCUCUCGAGGGUACACUGAUGAGGAAGUCACCAUGAGCAGGAGGAUAAUGAGACACUGGGCCAACUUUGCUAAAUCAGGGAAUCCGAGUGCCGAGGGAUCUGCAUGGCCGCCCUUCACGGUGGAGCAGCAGGAGUAUGUUACACUGAAUACAAACCCACCACAAACGCUCAGGAUGCUGCGGGCUCAGCAGUGCAAGUUCUGGGACAGCUUCCUACCUAAACUACAACAUGUCACUGUGAGUAUCGAUGAUGUGGAGUUUCAGUGGAAGACUCAGUUUCAUCGCUGGCUUUCUUACAUGCUGGACUGGAAGAAUCAAUUUAACGACUACAGCUCGGUGAAAAAGCAGCAGUGUGAGAACCUUUAAUGUCAGCGCCGCUUUUCUUCUCAAGCACCGGCCAGCGCACUUUAUGAGUCAAUACAGCUACAAAAGCCAAUGCUUGCACAUGACGGGGCACUCUGUGUUCUUUCAUACGCUUCAACUGUAGCCGUACAUACAUCUUUAUAAGUAUGUGCCUUUUUUCCCUCACUCAACCACACAGUCAAUAGAGCCUCAAGCUAGGCUGUGUUGUUUGAUAUAGUAAGUAUAUAUCAGUUCCUACCGGAGUUUAUCAUGCAAAAUUUAUUAUUUGGCCACUGAACUGAGUUUGCUUGAACAUACCAUAACUAUGGAUUUACUAACUGGUUUAUUUUUAUUGUAACAUUCAUUUUAAUAGAGCCUAUUCUUGUACACUUUGUUUUGUGGGGUGUUUUUUGUGAGUUUUAGUAUUUAGAGGCAUGUGUUCAAUGUUAAAUUGAUAAGUUAAGCACCUUUAAGGAACCUGAAGGGUAGCUUGGACUUUUAAGCAAUCAUAAUCAUCAUUAAUAAAUACAUUAAUAAACAGGAAUUGGAUUUCA